CGUGAGCCACCCAAGCGCAAGCGCGGAGCAACGCGCUCCGUCGUCGACGAUGGAGCGCGUCAGCCAACAGACGCCAUACCUGCUCGCCUUGCCAGGAAGGACCUUGCGUCGGGAUGGGUGGCGGAGAGGAAAGUUGUCGCCAUGGAGGCGGCUGUACGGAGUCUUGCAGAGAAUAUGAUUUCUUUACAGCUAGAAUAUCUUUUCUCCGUCUUCCGCGUGACGACGGAGGAAAGGCAAGACCGGCUUGACAUGAUGUGGUUGGCGGAGGAGCAAAGAAAAUCAGCUGCGCAUCCUCACCGCUUCAAGGAGACCACUCGCGUAAGCAAGAAGUAUCAGUACGGUUUUGUAUGUGACAUGUGUCACUAUGAGUUUCUGCCCGCUGGGAAAAGCAUUUAUUUUUUUCACUGCGCAUGUGGCAGAGAUUUGUGCGUGGACUGUCGUCAGGCGUACAACAAGCGGUGCACCUGUUCCGAGUGCGGCGGCGUCUAUGAAAAUGGUCUGGAGCUGCGUGAGCACCAUCGAAAAGGCGCCUGUGCCCCGGCAGGUCAAAACCGAAGGAGAGCUGUGGUUCAUCAAGGGCGGGCAAGCGCCAACCUCCCCGCCGCCUCGAAGAAGAAGGCGGCACGAACUGACGAUGUUGCCCGGGGAGCCACCGUCACCGUCACCGCCACCACUACAGCUGCUGCAGCGACGGAAACUUCCAAAGCGGCGGCAGCAGCAGCAAGGUCUGUCCCAAAGAGGGAGGCGGUGAUGGUGGACGCAGGGGGCGCGGUGAAGGAGGAGGCGGUGGCGCAGGAGACGACGACGCCGUCGUCGCUGUUUAGUAGGCCCAUUAACACAAUGCCAGAGGGGAAGUGGAAGCCAAUGGAACGUUUAUCGGUCAGCUACAAGCCUGUUCAACCUACACCGGAGGAGCGCGAGGUUUUGCUCAACGGGGAUUGGAUUCGACAUUUUCAUUUGUUUCCAACAGAGGAAGAUGCAGAGCCGGUUGCUUUUACGUAUCACAUUCAGCCAGGGCGUACAGGAGCGAUUUUCCUUAAUCACGAUUUUUCAAUGCAUUCCGCCGUAAUUUCGGUGCUGGAGCGGCAGAUGCUCAUUGUGGAUUACGUUGACACCUUGGAAAACAGUGAUGCGGCCCGCGUGAUUUCACUUGGAAGUGCAAAGUGUUUGGCUGAAGGCGCAUACAAUCUCCUGCAACGCGUUGUCGCGUAUGACUGUAAUAUGAUGAAGCAACACCGCGCUCCUGGCACCAUCUCCAUCUACCGGACGUCGCAAACGGCAAUCCGGUGUCAAGGGGAACCGUUUGUGUAUGUCCGUUGGUUUCGCUUUGACGCAGAGCACUCCUUGAGUGCGUUUUUGCUCUCCAAUGGAGGGGUUCAGGUGCUUGUGGGCGAUCAGUACGAACUUCGCUGGUUUGACGAAAGCCGGAAGUUUCUCCUCCGCAGCAAUGGGGUGUGUGAGAUGGUGGAUGAUGCUACAUUCGCCCUUGCCUCCGACGUGAGCCGCCUGCUGUACGAUGAUUUCUAA